AAUGCUGCAUGGCAACUUUUAUGUUGCUUAAUAAAUCAAGCGAAUUGGUGAAUCAUUUUCACUCAAACGAACCAAUUCGCUGCAAUGAACACAAGCCAGCCAAGACCCGCCUACAUUUCUCUCCUCCUAGAACUAUUUCGCCAACUUUCAACGCGUUAUGUGCGGCGCUUAACCAAAUGGGAUCUGAGGAUAAAUUAAUCCGCUGGAUCUGCCGGUUAACGGCUAUUACGGCUUUCUUCUUGAUUGGCUUUAUUAUUGGUUGGUUUGCUCGACCUACUACUGUCAAUCAUGGACAUGUAUCAAAAAGCUUCCUGCACGACUUUCUAGAUGAGAUGCAGGCAGAGAAUAUUAAACACCAUCUCAGGAAGUUCACAAGGCUGCCCCACCUGGCUGGAACGCAGCAGAAUCUGGAUCUGGCGGAGCAGAUCCGGGCCGAGUGGAUGGAGUUUGGGCUGGACUCAGUGGAGCUGGUGCCGUACGAUGUGUUGCUGUCAUACCCAAAUAAAACAAACCCCAAUUACAUCUCCAUAGUGGACCACCUGGGAAAUCAGAUCUUUAACACCUCUCUGGCUGAGCCGGUCCCUGAAGGUUAUGAAGAUGUUACCGAUAUCGUCCCUCCUUAUAGUGCUUUCUCUGCGAAAGGACAGCCAGAGGAUGAGCUGGUUUAUGUUAAUUAUGGACGGACGGAGGAUUUCGUUAAGCUGCAGAGAGAGUUGGGAAUAAACUGUUCAGGAAAAAUUGUCAUCGCUAGAUAUGGCAAAAUCUUCCGUGGGAACAAGGUGAAGAACGCGAUGUUAGCAGGAGCUAAAGGGAUCGUGCUGUUCUCGGACCCUGCGGAUUACUGUGCGGACGGCGUGGAGCCGUAUCCCGACGGCUGGAACCUGCCAGGAGGAGGCGCUCAGAGAGGAAACGUGCUGAAUCUGAACGGGGCGGGAGACCCGCUCACACCUGGAUACCCUGCCAAAGAAUACACCUACAGAUCUAGUCUGGAGGAUGCAGUGGGGCUUCCCAAGAUUCCAGUGCAUCCCAUCGGAUAUCAUGAUGCGGUUCACUUGCUGCAGCAUAUGGGAGGGCCUCUUCCGCCGGAUAACUGGAAAGGUGCCCUUAAUGUCUCGUACCGAAUCGGACCGGGAUUCAUGGAUGGUUUUAAUCAGAAUAAAGUGCGUAUGAACAUCCACACAAACAAUCAGGUGACCCGUAUCUACAACGUGAUUGGCUGGAUCAGAGGAGCGGUGGAGCCAGACAGGUACGUGAUUCUGGGCGGUCAUCGUGACGCUUGGGUGUUCGGGGGGAUCGAUCCGGUGUCAGGAGCUGCUGUGGUGCACGAGAGCGUGAGAGCAGCUGGAAAACUCAUGAAGAAAGGUUGGAGGCCAAGGAGAACGCUGAUCUUUGCCAGUUGGGACGCAGAAGAAUUUGGCCUGCUGGGAUCCACAGAAUGGGCAGAGGAUAAUGCUAGAGUCCUACAGGAGCGAGCCGUGGCUUACAUCAAUGCAGACUCUGCUAUUGAGGGUAUGUACACACUGAGAGUCGACUGCACUCCCUCUCUUCACACUCUGGUUUAUGACAUCACCAAGAAGGUUUCGAGUCCAGAGGAGGGAGAGGAGGGCAUGAGUUUGUAUCAGAGCUGGCAUAAACGAGACAACUCCACAGAAAGAGAUGCACCGUGGAUCAGUAAACUGGGCUCUGGUAGUGAUUUUGAAGCGUAUUUCAUCAGAUUAGGCAUUGCAUCUGGAAGGGCGAGAUACACCAAAAACCGAAAAACCGAGCGCUACAGCAGUUACCCCGUGUACCACAGUGUGUAUGAGACCUACGAGAUCGUGGAGCGAUUCUACGACCCGAGUUUCCGCAGGCUGGAGGCCGUGGCCCGUGUUCGGGGUGGACUGAUCUUCAGUUUGGCCGAUUCUCCGGUCUUACCUCUGGACUGUGUGGAAUACACCAUGUCUCUCACUAAAUACACCAACAGCAUUUACCAGCUGGCAGUGAAGCACCCUGCUGCCAUGGAGCAGCACAGCGUCUCAUUCGAUUCUCUCUUCUCUGUGGUUGAGAACUUCGCGGCUUUGGCAGGAGAUUUUCAUCAGCGACUUGAUCAGCUCGACACCUCUAAGCAUAUUAUUUUUGCGCCCAGCAGUCAUAAUAAAUACGCGGGUGAGUCUUUCCCAGGGAUUUAUGAUGCUUUGUUUGACAUUGAGAACGCGGUGGACCCGCAGAAGGCCUGGGACGAGGUCAAACGCCAAAUCAGCAUCGCCGCCUUUACUGUCAACGCCGCUGCCGAGACACUAAAGCCUUUCUAGACAGCCUUCCUUUACUUCUGGAUUUCAAAACAUGCCAUGGAUAUACAGGACUACAACAUGUCAGCAAAAUAGUUAGUUAAUAUGUCAGUGUUUCCUCAAACACAGCAACUACAAAGGACUUGACAUUCAGAUCUGGCUCUCAGAAGCGAGCAGAUACAUUUUUGAUAUUCAAGGAAUAGUUCACCCAAAAAUUACAAUUUGCUGAAAGU